AUGCAAUCUCUUCCCAUCGAUAUCUCCAUUCGCCUUCUCUAUCCUACUGAAAGCUCACCCUUGAUACACUUUAAGUCGCUUCGAAAACACUAUUUUUUAAGCCAAUUUCUAUUACCAAGGUCGGGCACCUUCAGGCAGACGAACCGAUUGGAGCUCAAAAGAUGCUCGUUUACCCAAGAACACUAUGAGGAAUGGAAUGAUGAAGAUUGUGUGGAUGUUGAUGCUUUUUUGGUACAAAAACGGAAUCUGAUUCCGGUUCCGGUGAAUGAUGUGAAAAUUUUGCGACAAGAAGAGGAGAAUGUGUUUACAAAUGAUAUUGUUGAGUUUUUGAACAAAAUUAUUGAUGAACCAGAGAUUCUUCCUCAGGUCCCGGAAGUGGAAGAGACUGGGAAUAGUUGUGAUUUGAAAGAUUUUCUUGAAAUGGAUGAUUUGGUUGGUCCACAAACCGGAAUUACCGAUUCCAUUCCGGAGUUUGGGUCUUUGGCGGAAUUCGAUUUCUACCAUGAAUUGAUUUCAGGGUUUGUGGAGUAUGGACCUGAAAACUCGGGUCUUGGGAGUGAAGUUUUGAAUCAUGGUAAUGAUGAAUUUCAAAUAAGUUGUGAUUUGUGGGAUUACAACAAUCAUGGAGAUAACAGCAUCACAACUACUCAAACAACUCAACAAGCUAUUUCUCAUCCAUCAUCAGGUUUCAAAGGAAAUGAAUCUCCUACAUCUCCUUUAUUGUCAUCAUUCAUGAUCGCUAAAGAGCUUACAACAUUUGGUAAGCAAGAGGAAACAUUAUGGUUAUGA